AUGCUGUGUUCGCUGCUCCUGUGUGAAUGCCUGUGGCUGGCAGCUGGCUUUGCUCACGAUGACGACUGGAUCGACCCCACGGACAUGCUCAACUACGAUGCCGCCUCCGGGACAAUGAGGAAGUCGCAGGUGAGAAAGGAGCUCAGCGCUGCCUCGUCCGACGCCGAUGAAUUGUCGGGAUGUUACAGCAGACUGGAUUCUGUCCUUCAGAAGAUUGAUGAAUGUGAAAAGAAAAAGAGGAAAGACUGUGAAAGUCAAAACAAUCCUGUUUUUAGGAGAUACCUAAAUAAGAUUUUAAUUGAAGCCAGAAAGCUUGGACUUCCUGAUGAAAACGGAGGUGACAUGCAUUAUGAUGCCGAGAUUAUCCUUAAAAGACAGACCGUGAGAGAAAUAGAGAAGUUUCUCAGUGGGGAAGAGUCGCUGCCAGGCGCCCUGGAUGAUGCUCUCAGUGAUAUUUUAAUUAAUUUUAAGUUUCAUGAUUUUGAAAGAUGGAGGUGGCGAUUUGAAGAUUCCUUUGGUGUGGAUCCAUAUGAUGUGUUUAUGGUGCUUCUGUGUCUGCUCUGCAUCGUGAUGCUGGUAGCUACCCAGCUCUGGACGUAUGUUCGUUGGUACACCCAGUUGAAACGUGUUUUGCUCAUCAGUUUCCUCAUCAGUAUGGGAUGGAAUUGGAUGUAUUUAUACAAGGUGUCUUUCGCGCAGCAUCAGGCUGAAGUCGCCAAGAUGGAGCCGUUCAACGAUGUGUGUGUUGAGAAGAUGGACUGGUCUGGGAGCCUCUGGGAAUGGUUUAGAAGCACAUGGACCUAUAAGGAUGACCCAUGCCAGAAAUACUACGAGCUCUUACUCGUCAACCCUGUUUUGUUGGUACCACCAACAAAGGCCCUGGCAGUGACGCUCACCAACUUCGUGGUGGAGCCGCUCAAGUACGUCGGGAAAGGAAUGGGCGAGUUCAUCAAAGCGCUCAUGAAGGAGAUCCCGGGGAUCCUGCACGUCCCCGUGCUGAUCGUCAUGGCGCUGGCAGUCGUGAGCUUCUGCUACGGUGCUGGACAGUCCAUCUAUAUGCUGCGACUCUUCGGCGGUCCCGCCCGGGAGCCCGCCCCGGCUCUGCAGCCGGCUGACAAGCACCGGCAGCAGGAGCUUGGCUAUGGAGCCCGUGGCGGAGCAGGUGAUGCAGAUUUUGCUUCUCGGGGCCAGAUUGGUGCCUGUGAGCAGGGCCCUUACGGAAGGCCGUGUGCGGGUGGAAGAGAUGUUGGGAGAGAGCGAGCUGUGGACGGGAGCUUUCAGACUGGCCGCAAGAGCCCCGAAGUGCUCCGGGCGGCUGAUAGACCAGACUCGGAGGCACCGGAGCGGCCCGAGGCGCGCAGUGCCAGAGAGACUGAGGGAGCCCCGGGAGAGAGCGCACCGGCAAAGGGCAGCACCGAGAGCAGCCGGCGUCCUGAGCCCGGCCCUGGCCAGGGGGCGCCGGGGAUGGCGGAAGGUCCUGCAGCGGGAAAGGCACCCCUCAGGACUCAGGACACAGGCAGCCCCGAGGAGGGUGGCCCGCCCCGCCCAGCAAGCGUGGCCGCCGCGACCGCAGGAGCAGGCGGGAGGGACCCGGCCUGCGGCCCGUGA